AUGGCUAUGGUGAAUGCAGUUUCUGUUGCUUUUAGACCAACCCCUUCUCCUUUUCUUCUGCCUUCCACUUCAUAUUCCAGUUUCCCCUCAAUUUCUCCCACAAAAAAUUCUGAAUUAUUGACAUUUGCCCUGGGAAAAAGAAGGGAUUUUUUUUCUCCCAUUUCUGCUUUCAAGAACACGAAGAUUUGUGACUCUUUGGAUACAGCUGAAGACAAGGAUGAUGCAUUGGAAGAGCCCGUUGAGACUCUCUUAUAUUCAUUCUCUCCUUUGCCUUUGCUGUUUGUGGCUUCUCUUCCUGGAGCUGCAACUGUGAGGUCUCUGUUUGGCCCUUUUGUUGAGCUUGUCAAGUCAUGGAACCUUCCUGACUGGCUUGUGCACUGGGGUCACCCUGGUAACAUGGCUGUUGUGCUCUUUGCUAUGGGUGGUUAUGGAACUUACUUGGGUUUUCGUAUUCGCUUCUCUGAUGAUGUGGAGGAGAGGGCCAAGGCCAAAGAUUUGCAUCCUAAACUCCUUGGAGGAAUGUUUUUCUUCUUUGCUUUGGGAGCUACUGGUGGAGUUACAUCUCUUCUAACUUCGGAUAAACCCAUUUUUGAAAGUCCUCAUGCUGUAUCAGGUUUCAUUGGGCUUGCUCUUUUGACAAUUCAGACCCUAUUGCCUGCAUUAUUUGAGGGGAAUCCCGGAUUGCGCAAUGUUCAUGGGAUAUUGGGCAGUGGCAUUAUGACAUUGUUUCUUGUCCAUGCCGCCCUUGGACUUCAGCUUGGCCUGAGUUACUAA